AUGGUCUCGCCGGUCACAUUCCCGUAUAUUCGACCAAGCGAGAAUUCUCCCACAAAAAACAAAGCAGUGAAGACACUCCGUCCACCGCCACUAAGCCUCGAAACUGGAAAGAAAAUCCAGUUGCCAAGGAUCAAAGCCAUCCGCGGCAGCGUAUCCGGGGCCGAAGAGGGGACAGAAGUACCGUUAAUCCUCGAACUGGCGACUCAUAGGCCAGUCGUAAUCGACGAUUCGGGAGGAAAGUCCGAUGAGUGGAUCGACAUGGAUGUGUCUAAGAGCCGACCGUGGAAGGGCGACGUGGACACUCGUCCAGUCUCCCCACCUCGGUCUCUGCGCACUAUUAUUGACUUGGACUCACCACUGGGCUCGGACGACGAAUCUGACAUCUCCCCUAUCUCUGAAGAGCGACCUGCCGAUCACUCAAGUAAGGUUCUGGCUCGCUUCUUUCCAGAACUUGAGAGUAACUUUGCGGUGAUGGCCCCCGAAGGUCUGGACACAACUUCGAAACCGAAGACAGGUCGCUCACGAGUUGAAAAAGAGAUCCAGGCGCGAGUAAAGAGCCUUUAUCGCAACUCGGGGGAUAACCUUAGCCAGGUUUUGGGGUCCAACACUCCAGAUGAGAAGUUAAAUACACCUGCAUCAUCUGACUAUAGCCGACAAACUUCCAUGGCGAGUUUUGAUGCAAGUUUUCCAAAGAAAAACCGGUAUAGAAUGACCACAGACUCAUCUAAUUACUCACCCGUCCAGGCGGGAGUUUUUGAUGAGGAGAGAUUCUCAAGUGUCAAGCCAGUACCAACCAGAUACAAUUCGACUGCCUCGAAGAAAUCGAAUUUCCGUGAUAUUAGGAAUAAGCCCUUGCCUCUCGCGCCACUCAUUGAACCUAGUUCGAGCCAUUCCCGCUCACCGUCAACUCCUCACCGUCGUUCUGCGCCACACUGCACAGACUGUACUCAGCAUGAUAGUAUACCCCACUCGGCUUAUGCAAGUCGCAAUCAUCAACCUCACCGAUGCCGAACAUGUGGACAUCGGGAUAGUCGUCGUCGAGGUAGCAACUCACCAAAUCGUCAAAAUCGAAAUCGUCGACAUGUGUCAACUUGGCAACAAGAUGCGGAUGAAAUGGAAAUUGAAUUAAGUUUGGACGGAAUGAAGAGAAGAUUAGUGUUGGAAGGCCCACUUCAAAUCAGUCGCAACAAUGGUGACUUGGUGGCGGCGCGGCCCGCACCCCUGCCUCCAUCCCAGAAACCUUACUCUCUGAAGGAGUCUGGGAGUGUAAGCUUUAAACGGGAUAACUCCGUGUCCGGGAAAAAGGGUCACAAGUAUAACCGAUCCAAGGACUCCAUCGAAUCAAACAAGGCCAAGAAUCCCAAGGUCAAGGACGAGUCGAAGAGUCGCUGGGGUGGAAACUCCAAACCUAAUGAGGGGAAAGGCGAUCUUCUGAAAUUGAAAAAGUCUUUCUCUAUCUCCAGGGCAACGUUCAGCCGGAAACAACUUCCGACACGCGCGGACCAGCACAGAUUGAGUACCUUGAGUUCACGGUCGGAGACCUCGGUGGACCCACAGGCCGAUCAUGCCAACUCGAAUGACAAAACACGUUUGUCCUGUCACCUUUCGCAGUCCGAUCCCAACUUGGAAAAACUGCUCGAUGAGGAAGAUCCAUUGUCUCAUCGUCACGAUCUCCUGCUUCAAUUGCCUCGUCUGCAAACCGAUAACCUAGGCUUCAAGACUCUGCUCGAGCAGUUUGCUCCUGACUCGCAGGUUGUCACGGGGAACCCCGCAAACUCCAAAUCUUCCUCCCUGCAGACUGACAGCUUGGGCUUCACAAGCGUGUUUGAGCAGCUCGCCCCUGCACAGCGAUCUGUUUUGACCCCAGCGCAGUCGUGGCAGGACGAUACAAGAGAUGCCAAAGAAGUCAUUCCUUCAUUCACCAUGCAUCGACCGAUAAGAGACGAAAAGAUGGUGGUUUCCAGAGCCUAUUCAAUGAGGCACUCAGCUUUUAUUUCCACUUCAAAAGCGAGCAGUGUGUAUUUCCCGCCAGAACAAGUCUAUGAACUUGCUGCGGGACCAAUAUCCCCAGAAUCAAUCAUGGCGCAAAGGUCUGCAACCGCUGUUCAGUUCAAGGUAAACUUCCCCUUGACUGAGAUCGUAGACUCAAUUGUUGAGAUGAUCAUGGAGAGGAUCACUUCGCUUGACGAUCUCUUCAACUUUGUCCUGGUGAACAAGCGAUUCUAUCGCGUGUUCAAAAAACGUGAGCUGCCGAUCAUCAAAAGUGCACUCUAUCAAAUGUCGCGACCUGCAUGGGAGCUCCGGGAAAUGAGUCCUCCAUGGACCACUGAGUGGCAACUCGUCUUGGAUCCGUACUCCCAGGUGCCCGAGUACACCCCGUCUCUCUACCUGGAUCGUUAUGCCCAAGAUAUUUAUACCUUGGCUCAAUUGAAAUCCAUGAUUCUGAUGCGAUGCGCCCCUUUCAUGCGCCGGGAUACUGUGCGUGGCUUGGCUGGAUUGGAUGAUCAGCGGGCUGAGGAGGUUGAUAAUGCAUUCUGGCGAAUUUGGACAUUCUGCCGCAUCUUUGGUAGCGGCAAAGGCCGGGAAAACGACCUUCAAGGCCAAGUGGAUUGGCUGAGAGGAGGAGUGAGGGCCCGGAAAAACAAUGGUUCAUCAUCAUCCAUGACCGAGCCUUUCGGCAUUAACAACGUUCUGUUCGAGCCACCCGAGGGAUUUGCUCAGGGCAACUACAACGGCCUCACACAGAGAGAGCUGUAUGACAUGACAGAGAUCUGGACUUGCCUUGGUGUUUUGGUCCAGCCCCUUCACGCCAAGUGUAUCGAGGCUCGCAAUGUCGGUAUUUUCAAUGGCAUCGAUGUACCCAAGGAUGACCCAGUCCGUGAGGAGACUGUUCUCGAGGAAUGGACAUCCUAUGUUCUCACACUAGGCUUGUCCGCAGUCUUGACGGUCAGCUCAAUCAACCCCACGGAAACCACAGCUAUCACCUUCGAACGUGCAAGAGCGGUCGGCCUCACCAAGUGGGAACUGACGGGUGGGCAGACCACUCGAUCAUCGUUCAUGAAGGAAGCAGUAUCACGUGUGUACGAAGACCGGGACCGAUAUUCUUUCAGUCUACCCUCAGGCUCGGCCGAUAGCCCCUGUGAGCUACCAUCGAAUGAGGUGACAACCCGUGGUGAAGAUAGCGAGCGUCGGCAGGUCUUUUCACAAGAGAUUCGAGUUCAACGUCGCGAGGGCAGGAACCAGCCGGGCGGUGACUCCUUCGCAACCGAGCGACCCAUGUCAACAUACAGCACGAUCCUCCACAGUCUCGAAGGCAGUUUCGCAAGAAUUGUCAUCGAACCGCCCACUGUACCACCCGUUCCCCCUCUCACCUUUGACCGGUCAUCAACAUCAACCGGAAGCCGUAGCCCUCCUCCCCCAGGGACACCAAAAUAUGCACCAGGCACACCCACCCAACCAGGCGCGAACUACGUACUCGGUACAAACCAAAUCCCCACCUUCGAGCCAAAGACACCUUUCCGCAGCCCCCCUCUCUCAGGCUCGUUCAUCCCUACCGCCCCCUUCCAAUCCCAAGUCCAAGACCCAGUUGACCGAGCAAUUUCCCGAAUGGUGAACGAACUCGGUUUCCUCGAAGACGACGUUAAGUGGGCUCUCAAGAUCACCGACACCGGUGAAGGAAUCAAUGUCCAAGCUGCCGAGCAGCUCCUUCAACAACAAAAGAAGAAGGCGGAUCGUAAUCCAUUUGUACCUCGGGGACGCAAUAAUGGGAAGAACCGGUUGCUCAUGUCGGUCAUGAAGCAGCAGGGUACCCAGGAUUCAGGUUGGCGUUGGGCCUAA